AUGCUUCAGGUGCCCGUGCGGGAACACACCAACGUGGCCUCCACUAAGGCUGUAAUCCUGGUGGGCGGCCCUUCUAGGGGAACCCGCUUCAGGCCUUUGUCGCUCGAUGUUCCCAAGCCUCUUUUUGAAGUCGCCGGGCAUCCAAUUAUCCACCAUUGCCUCAAGGCCCUUGCGAAAAUCCCCGAUAUCCACGAAGUCAUCCUGAUUGGCUACUACGAUGAGACCGUCUUCCGUGACUUCAUCAAAGAUGCUUCGAAGGAGUUCCCCCAAUUUCGCAUCCUGUACCUCCGUGAAUACACAGCGCUGGGCACUGCCGGCGGUCUCUACCAUUUCCGUGAUCCUAUCCUCAAGGGCAAGCCGGAGCGCAUUUUCGUCCUCAAUGCCGACGUCUGCUGCUCCUUCCCGCUCGGCGAAAUGCUGAGGCUGUUUGAGGAUAAAGAUGCGGAGGCCGUCAUUCUAGGAACUCGUGUUCACAAUGAUGCGGCUUCAAACUUUGGGUGCAUUGUGUCCGACUCCCACACCAAGCGUGUCCUUCACUACGUCGAGAAGCCUGAAUCGCACAUUUCCAACCUCAUCAACUGCGGUGUAUACCUCUUCGCAACCGAGUGUAUCUUCCCCUCCAUUCGAAGCACAAUCAAACGCCGGACGACCCGCCCUCGCCUACUGUCAUAUCCCUCCUCCGACAACCUAGAGUCUUCGUUCGUUGCUGCCGACGAUGAAUCAGAACAGACCGAGGUCCUGCGGUUAGAGCAAGAUAUCCUCUCCGACCUUGCUGACAGCAACCGCUUCUUCGUCCAUGAGACGAAAGACUUCUGGCGCCAGAUCAAGACUGCCGGUUCCGCGGUCCCGGCCAACGCUCUCUACCUGCAGAAGGCUUUCCAAGCGCAAUCCGACGAACUUUCUGCUCCUUCUGCUACUAUCGUUCCCCCGGUCUAUAUCCACCCUUCCGCCAGCGUAGAUCCGACAGCCAAACUCGGACCCAACGUCUCCAUUGGACCCCGAGUCGUUGUGGGUGCAGGUGCGCGUGUCAAGGACUCCAUCGUGCUCGAGGACGCCGAAAUCAAGCAUGAUGCAUGCGUCAUGCAUGCUAUCAUCGGGUGGAGCAGUCGCGUGGGGGCCUGGGCUCGUGUUGAGGGCACACCAAUCCCGAUGGGCAGCCAUUCCACCAGCAUCAUCAAGAACGGCAUAAAGGUCCAGAGCAUCACCAUUCUCGGUAAGGAAUGUGGUGUCGGUGACGAAGUGCGAGUCCAGAACUGCGUUUGCUUGCCGUACAAGGAGCUCAAACGCGACGUUGCCAACGAAGUUAUCAUGUAG